GCGCCGGCGACGAGGCCGCCAGUGGGAGGGGUCUCCGUGUUCCCGCCGCUGGUGCUGGAGGCGGACGGGGCCGCGCCGUCGCAGCUCCUGAACGCCUUCGGGGUGCCUGCGAAGGCGCCUCCGCCGAUGUCGCCGACGACGCCGGACGGCGGAGGCAGCCUGGGGGGCGCUUUGCUCAACGACGUGCCCAGCACCCCGUCGUGCACUUCGACCAGGCGCGACGCCGCGGGCGUGUACGCCGACGAGGAGUAUUUUGGCACCGCCGACGAAGACGACGCGCGGGUG